UCUUUCGAAAAAUUAUAAAAAUGAUCUCUAGCUUGCGAUGGAUUUUAUGGUUUCUGCUCUUGUCAGUUAAUAAAGAAGUCUCUAGUGAUAUUAUCGAGAGGUAUAAUGAAUUCCGCACAACAAUUGCUGAGACCUUUAAUAUACCGAAUAUGUGGAGAUUGGAAGAAAGCAAAAGUUUCAACAAAAUGAUCGAAACUGCGGACCCUCCAGCAGACGGGGAAAAUCAUACGCUUUUUAUGACAAGCUCCAAACAGGAAACCGAGCAAUUCGAAAGGAAUCAAUUGAGCAAUUUGACAAAACUUGCUCUACUGGGAUUAACUUUUGAGGAGGCCAUCCGAAAGGCUCGACCAACAUUUUUUGAGGUCUUAUUUCCACAGCAGAGAUAUUUCAGUUGGAGUGGUAUUGAAUCCAAAGUGUCAUAUGUUUAUAAGAAUAAAACAUUGAAAAUGGGAUUUGCGUGUUAUGUUGGACCUUUAAAUCGAAGUGAGAUCAUCAAUUGGUCUAAUAAAACACAACAGAAAAGGUGUAAAGAGCGGUGCCUCGUACAGCCGACGAGGAAACCGUCUCUGAAGACUUCUGCAGCAACCUCCCGAGCUACAGAUGCUCCAGUCACUAGCCUGCCUCCUCCGACGGACCCCCCUUCAACACUCGGACCUAUGGAGACCCCACCGAACUCACCGGGAACCUCCAGCGCAGCCACAACAUCGGCUCCAGUCACUAGCCCGGCUCCCACGGAGCCCGCUUCAACGCUCGGACCUGUCGUGAUCCCCUGGAACUCACCAGGAACCUCCAGCAAAGCCACAACAUCGGCUACAGUCACUAGCCUGGUCUUAGGGCCGACUACCUUUAGCUCAGCUCCCCAAGCUCUGGAUUCAAGCUUGGCUGCCGAUCCUUCAACAGACCCUUCACCUUCAAUCAGUUCCACCGAUCCAACUACAUAUUCCAGUACUACUGCUGAGGACUACGAUGAAGAGGAUGACAAAAAAGGAGAUGAAGAAUAUGAUUUGAUUUUGACAUUUGGUAGAGGUACAGGACGAAAUGGAACUCUUUUGGUUUUUAUUGUGAUUUUGUGGAGAUUUAUUGAUUUUUGAGUGAAUGAAAGGUCGAUGCAAUUU